AUGGCUGCUCGUUCAUCCUUCACGUUCGUUAAAGCUUUGCAACGCUUCGAGACUAAGAAGACGAAAGGUGGUGAAAAGUCCGCCAAGCCAGUCGUUCCCUCAGCGAGAGCCGACGACGGAUCUGGCUCUGGAGUGAAAAAGGCGGUGGUCGAGACGAUCGUCUCUAGAAAAUCAAAGAUGGUCAUCCCCUCUUUACUGCCGCAGAAGAACCUGGGUUCUGGGACCAAGAAAAGGGGACCAGACGAAAUCGACCCCAAGCAGAGGGCCGACUCGUCCAAGCGCCUCAAGAGUCAGGACAAGGGGAAAGCGGCUAAAGCUCCCCGUUCUCCUGGCGCCCUCGAGACACAUUGUCGGGCAGAGGCGCCAGUAGGCGGGCAAGGCGGCAGCAAGCGGGCACAGCGUUUACAUGCAGAGUUCACAGAACACAACUCUCCAUUCUCGACCUUCCUCGACGGCUCGACGCGCCGCCGACUGACUUGCCGCCGACCUGACUCACCGCCGGACAGCCAUCGACGUGGACUCUCGACCCUCUAUCAGAAGCCUCCUAGUUCGUACGAGAUGAGAGAGCCAUUGUUGAAGAAAGCGGUUGAGAGAACAAAACUCAAGGUGAAGCCUCAUGAAGAUGAAUGGAAGAAGAGGGGUUGCUCGAUUAUGACGAAUGCUUGGAGUGAUAGAAAGAGAAGAAGCAUCAUGAAUUUGUGUGUGAAUUCUAAAAUUGGAACGAUAUUUCUAUCUUCCAAGGAAUCUUCCGAUAUAUCUCACACAAGUGAAAUGAUUUUUGAGUAUGUGGAUCAAUGCAUUGAGCAAGUUGGGCCCGAGAAUGUUGUUCAAGUUGUGACGGACAAUGCUUCAAAUAAUAUGGGAGCGGCGAAGUUAUUGCGCAUAAAGAGGCCAACUAUCUUUUGGACUUCAUGUGCCGCACAUACCCUCAAUCUUAUCUUGGAGGGCAUUGCAAAACUACCCCGGUUCACCAAAACCAUUGAACAAGAAAAGGCAUUAACUAUAUUCAUUUAUGCACAUCAUAAGACCUUAUCCAUGAUGAGGUCUUACACUAAAAGGAGGGACAUAGUAAGACCCGGAGUCACACGAUUCGCCUCUUCAUUUCUUAGCUUGCAAAGCUUGAUGGAAAAAAAGGCACAAUUAAGGGCAAUGUUUACUAGCUCCGAAUGGGAUGAGUGCAAAUGGUCCAAGACGGUCAAGGGGAAAGAAAGUUACAACACCGUGAUGUCUAUUAGUUUUUGGAAUGGUGUGACUUCUUUCUUGACUAUUUUUGCUCCUUUGGUUAAGGUGCUUCGCAUUGCGGAUGCCGAUAAGAAGCCGUCGAUGGGAUUUUUGUAUGGGGAGCUUAUGCAUGCCAAAGAGGAUAUAAAAAGUGUCUUGAACAAUCUUGCCAAGAACUAUGAUCCCAUCUUAGAAAUCAUUGACACGACGAUGAUGGGCAGAUUGGACACCCCGUUGCACUUGAUGGCAUAUCUACUAAAUCCUUAUUAUCAUUAUAAGGACCCGAAUCUCGUAUUAGAUCAAGUUGUUUCAGAUGGAGUUUUUGAUUGUCUUGAUGUCAUUUGUCAUGAUAACUUUGAUUUGAUGGAUAAAAUCAUAAACGUUGAGUUGCCCAUUUAUAAGGCAAAAGGAGGAGCCUUUGGGAAGCCAAUUGCCGCAAAAGGCUGGAAGAAAGAAAAGGAUGUGUUACUUGCUAGUGAGGCAAGUAAAGCUCAAGAGUGGAUUAUUCCGGGAUUAGUAGACGAGGAAUAUGAGGACGUUAAUGGACUUGAAGUUGAGGAUGGCACAUCAAGAGUGAGAGAGCUUGAAGAAGAAGAUUUUGAAUCCGAAGAGGAGGAACAAGUUAAUGAGAAUGACAUCGACUUUGAGUCGGAUGAAGAGCGUGUAUUGGAGAAUUAUGGAGAUGGAGAAGAAGAAGAAGAUCCUCUUGUGCUUGGCCAUAUUUCUUAG